GCAUAGUCAAGAAAGAUGCAGAAAUACAAAUGCCGGGAGAAUCUAAACGAACAAGCACACCAUGGGACGGAUGGUGUUGUUGUCAAGGAAAUAAGGUUCGCCGACAACAGUUACGAACAACAACAAUACGGAAACUCCAUUCCGUAUGCGCAGCACCAGCUACCACAAUUCCGAAGAGCGCGAGAUGGAAUCCCAGCAUAUCACAGAUCGUUUUAUCAGCGACCUACUUCGAACUACAACAGCUGGAAUGAUAAUAGGCUCAACCUAUUAAAUGGCAAGGAGGUUGGCGAUUUCGAUCUUUGGAAUACCCAUGAUGAAUUUGAACAGCGACCUUCUGGGCAUCAUGCUGACGCUGGCAUGUUCAUUAGCGAGAAAAAUAACCGAGACGUGCAUUAUCCUGUUCAUACUGCAACACUUGAAGAAAACUGGAGAGAAAGCACUCUUGCGCAGAAUACAAAUUCCUUUGCUGAUGAACCCACCUGCACGGAAGAGGAUAGCGACUGUACACAUCUGGACCACGAGACGGAACUAAAGCAAAAACGUCCGGACAGAUCAACAUCGAAUAACUUUUACCGUUGGCUUACAUCCAGGCAGAAUAAGCCAAAACCGACUGCAAAUGAAAUGCCCCAGUCGUUGGCAGUUAACGAGAAUAAGGGAGUAGAAGCUAAGGUCGACAUAGAGGACCAGGAUACAACAACAACAGCCGUCAAGUCGAUAUUUGAUUUUAAUGCUACGCAUCAUAUUUUUUGGUGGACUGUACUGGGCAGCUGCCUUUUCCUCUUGGCGAUUUUUGUACACCAAACGACGAGAUGCAUCAGGAAGGGAAAUAGAUAUAAGCGCGAACUAAUAACCAUCAUUCCGAACAGCGAAGUGCAACGUUCGGAAGCUGAUACAACCGCCCCAAAAUCUUCAGUUUCCGCUGCUACAAAUGUUAAGACGCAGUCCAGUAGUAAAUGCGACUCCAGUAAGUCAGAGGCUACCCGUGCUCCCGAGCGUAUCAACAAGGUUGGAUCGCUUGGUGACAUUCCAGCAGAUGAGCUGACCAUAAUUACGGAAGGCGCAAAUUUACUCUUGGAAAAACUCUUACGCCAAGAAUCACAUUUAGUACACCUGUUGACCACAAGUCAAAGUGAUCGCAUCGCAAUUAUCAAAUGGAUUCGCACUAUCCAUGCUUAUUUGUGUCACUACCGAAACAACUCUUGUUCUUUGGUACUUGAUACGCAGCCGGAACCAGCUACAACAAACCAGUACCCAUGCGCAGAGGAUGCCGGGUUAUCGGAUGCAGAAGAAACUGAUCAACGCUGUGGUGAUUAUUUCGACGGAGUUGUCGGUGAGGACUCUUCAGACGAUACCGACCAGUGUACCAUAAUUCCAGAUUAUGCAGUAGAAGCCAGGAAAGGAUGUGAUAUGGAACCAACACAAGCCAAUAUCAGAAGUGACGCAGGCGAUGUUUUGCCAGACACACUAGGCAAAGAAAUGCUGGGCAAGAAAGCUACCUAUGUCACUGCUACCCGAAGCGCUCCAGAAAUGGAGCCGCCAGUUCGCAAAGCAUCUGCAGAACGGAGCCGCGAUGUUCCAGACAUCCACUUUGGAGCCACAGAUUUAUGUGGGAUGAGAAAUGUUCAGUGUCGGCAUGUUCCACGUUGCCGGAUUAAGUAAUGUUCUUAGGGAUGAUCCGCGGUGCUUUAGGUUUAAAUGUUUAAUCUGUUUAAUCAUACAGCAAGCUUCACUGCCCGUACAAAUAAUCUUUUUCUGUUCUUGAAAUUAUCAGUUCCUAAUUAUUCACUAUCAUCUGUGUUCGUUGGAUGCUUCGUUCAAUGUUAGCGUUAUCUUUUCUUGUUUUCUGUUUUGUACGUAAUUAUUAUUAUAACGCAUUUGAGCGUUUCUCUAGUUCGCAUAAGAUUUUGGUUUUCUUUUGUGAAAUUGUCAGAAAAAUAUACUUUGACUGCGCUCUUUUGUUCUUGUCUAUUAACUGUUUUCAUCAAUUUCGGACGAGAUUGGUUGUUUGUUUUCCGGCAUCUCUGCGAAUAAACGUGGCU